CAAAAAAAAUAACAUGAGUGUGAUAAAAUAGUUGCAGAACGUGUGAGGACAGUGGAAACUUCAUGUCACGUGUUUCUGAAGGAAAUUAAAAAAAAACCCACACAGACGUCCUUGUCACCAUAUUUGUUGGCGUGGCAGUGAGAAGAAAAGAUGAUCUUACAGUGGUCUUUGUUCUUCAUGUACAUUUACAUUAAAGUUACUCCAACAGAAGCUUCAUCUUGGACUGCUGCUGUGCCAUCCUCAGUGAAAGGUCUCCUUGGAUCAUAUGUGGUGAUCCCCUGCUCUUAUAACUACCCAGAUCCAAAAACCAGUACCACAGGCUUUACAGGGAUUUGGUACAAUGACAAUAAUCAAGUGAUCUGUCAUUCUGAUAAAUCUCAAACGUUGGAUCAGUUUCGGAGUCGGACAAAGCUGCUGGGAGACCUCAGCAAGAAGAAUUGUUCUCUGAUGAUCGAAGAUCUUCAACAAAGUGAUGGAGGGCCUUUAUAUUUCCGGAUUGAAAUUAAAGGCUAUGACCAGUACUCCUACAAAAAUAACAAAGUCUCUGUUUCAGUCAGUCAACCUGAUUUAUCUGUGCAAGAGGAGGUAAAGGAGGGUGAGAAUGUGUCUGCAUCCUGCUCCGUGUUUCACUCCUGCCCCACAUAUCCACCUUCUUUCAUCUGGAGUCACUCUGGAGAGCAGCAUGAUCAAACACAGCAGCUUCAUGAAGGCCAGUGGAAAUCAACAUCUACUCUGACCUUUCACCCAAACCGCUCUGAUCACAACAAGACUUUAAAAUGCAAAAUAACAUACCACAGAGGGCUGUACGUGGAAACAUCUAAGAUACUUCAAGUAAAAUAUGCCCCUGACAUCAAGACUUCCUCAAAGUGCUCCUCCGAGGGCGGCGUGGUAAAGUGUGAGUGCAUCGUAGAGUCCGAGCCUCCCAGCAUGGUCUAUUUUAUUCUUGGUGACAGAGUCAUGCAAAGCAGCAAAGCAGAGAAAAAUGGCUCUGUUACUAUUGAGACUCUGCAGACAGACUUUGGGUCUUUCAGCUUUGUGCACUGCCUGGCAAACAACAUGCUGGGAUAUGACAACAUCUUACUCUCUUUACCUGUUAAAGCAGACAACAUGCAGAAUAUUCUUAUCUCGUCUGGAGCAGGUGUGAUUUUGCUGAUUAUUUUGAUAGGAAGUGGAGUGGGAGUUGUUAAAAAAUGCAGGGGGAGAUCAAGAGACACAACAACCACUAACUUGAGCACCAUGAUGUCAGACAGACCUGUGGAGCUCCCUCAUAGUGGCCCACCAAAAAGGAAAAUGAGCCGUAAGGACAUCCCUUCUCCUGACAUGUACACCAAUUAUCCUGUCUAUGGCAACACUGACUGGGAUGAGUCAAUAUACGCCAAUGUGGAGCGGAAGCGCUUCCCAGACCUCAACAUUACUCCAACAGAAGCUUCAUCUUGGACUGCUGCUGUGCCAUCCUCAGUGAAAGGUCUCCUUGGCUCAUGUGUGGUGAUCCCCUGCUCUUAUAACUACCCAGAUCCAAAAACCAAUACCACAGGCUUUACAGGGAUUUGGUACAAUGACAAUAAUGAAGUGAUCUGUCAUUUUGAUAAAUCUCAAACGUCGGAUCAGUUUCAGAAUAGGACAAAGCUGCUGGGAGACCUCAGCAAGAAGAAUUGUUCUCUGAUGAUUGAAGAUCUUCAACAAAGUGAUGGAGGGCCUUUAUAUUUCCGGAUUGAAAUUAAAGGCUAUGACCAGUACUCCUACACAAAUAACAAAGUCUCUGUUUCAGUCAGUCAACCCGAUUUAUCUGUGCAAGAGGAGGUAAAGGAGGGUGAGAAUGUGUCUGCAUCCUGCUCCGUGUUUCACUCCUGCCCCACAUAUCCACCUUCUUUCAUCUGGAGUCACUCUGGAGAGCAGCAAAAUCAAACACAGCAGCUUCACGAAGGCCAGUGGAACUCAACAUCUACUUUGACCUUUCACCCAAACCGCUCUGAUCACAACAAGCCUUUAAAAUGCAAAAUAACAUACCAUCGAGGGCUGUACGUGGAAACAUCUAAGAUACUUCAAGUAAAAUCUGCCCCUGACAUCAAGACUUCUUCAAAGUGCUCCUCCGAGAACGGCAUCAUAAAGUGUGACUGUAUCGUUGAGUCCGAGCCUCCCAGCAUGGUCUAUUUUAUUCUUGGUGACAGAGUCCUGCAAAGCAGCAAAGUAGACAUAAAUGGCUCUGUUACUACUGGGACUCUGCAGACAGACUUUGGGUCCUUCAGGCGUGUGCAGUGCCUGGCAAACAACAUGCUGGGAUAUGACAACAUCUUACUCUCUUUACCUGUUAAUGACAACAUGCAGAAUAUUCUUAUCUCGUCUGGAGCAGGUGUGAUUUUGCUGAUUAUUCUGAUAGGAAGUGGAGUGGGAGUUGUUAAAAAAUGCAGGGGGAGAUCAAGAGACACAACAACCACUAACUUGAGCACCAUGAUGUCAGACAGACCUGUGGGGUUCCCUCAUAGUGCCCCACCAAAAAGAAAAAACAGCUGUAAGGACAUCGCUUGCCCUGACAUGCACAACAACUCUCCUGUCUAUGGCAACACUGACUGCGAUGAGUCAAUAUACGACAAUGUGUAGCAUGUGGAAAGCCAGCUGCAGUCCAUGUUUGUGUCUUCUGAUAUGAAUCAAGAAAAACAUCCUUGCGCAACUUUAUCGCAUAUUUCUAUCAUAGGUUUUUCACACUUUCUUUGGAAAAUAGAGUAAGUAAAUAGUAUUUGUUAAAAUGCUCUUGUUAAUCUCAUCUGAUUUGAGACAACAUUUCCUUUGGCUUAUCAAAUGAUAUUCUUUAAAAAAUUACCAAUAACGUAUUGUAAAAAUCUUUAAGUUGCUAGGUUGCAAAGGUUGCAGAUUUUAAAAAAUUCAAUCGCCGAAUUAUUAUUAUGAAGUAUAUAACAUAUGACAUUCUUUUUUUCACAAAUGUGUAAUUCACAUUUGUACAUUCUUACUGUAGAUUUUUACAAACCUACAGUAAGAAUGUACUCAUGUUCAAAAUUAUCGCAACAUAUUGUCUGAUUAAAUUAUGUAUAAACUUGUCAAAUUAUUAAAAAUGUUUUG